AUGGCCUAUGACACAGUGGGAAAGUGUACAGCACCCUCUGAGGGAGGAAGUGGUGAUUGGAAUAUUUUAUAUUGGAUUUUGGGAACGAUAUGUAUGCCGGUAGCUGUUCCAUUGGUGUUGAUCAAUCUAUGGAGACGUUCAUUGGUGGCGAAGCAACGAAAGUCCUUGCCUGGUAAGGUUGUAUUGAUUACCGGUGCUUCAUCGGGUUUGGGUGAGGCAUUGGCUCAUGUUUUCUAUAAGGCCGGUUGUAAAGUGAUAUUGGCUGCCCGUCGAAUUGAGGAGUUGGAGAGGGUGCGAAAGGAUCUAAUGGCCUUGGAAGUGGUCGGCCCCGCAUAUCCUCCCACAGUUUUGCCUUUGGAUUUGGCUGAAUUAAAUGCCAUACCGAAAUUUGCCAAUGAUGCCAUUGCCAUACACAAUGGCGUUGAUAUUUUAAUUAACAAUGGUGGUAUCAGUGUUCGAGCUGAGGCAAUUUCCACCGCAUUGGAUGUUGAUUUGAAAGUUAUGACGGUAAAUUAUUUCGGUACAGUGGCCUUGACCAAGGCCAUACUGCCUUCAAUGGUUAAGAGGCAAACAGGCCAUAUAUGCUUUAUAAGUUCGGUGCAAGGAAAAAUUGCCUUACCCUAUAGGUCGGCCUAUUCGGCAUCGAAACAUGCUUUACAAGCAUUUUCCGAUUCACUACGCGCCGAGGUGGCUGCCAAGGGACUGAAAGUGACAUGCUUUAGUCCGGGUUAUAUUAAAACUCAAUUGUCCAUUAAUGCGCUGACAGCCACGGGGCAAAAACAUGGAAAAAUGGAUAAAGCCACAUCGAAGGGCAUGUCGGCCGAAGAAUGUGCCACAAUUAUUCUAAAAUCAUUGCUGGGCAACGAAAAAGAUGUCAUCAUUUCUGAUCUGCAAGCCAAGGCUGGUUUUUGGUUACGUUUCAUUUGUCCUCCUCUCUACUUUUGGAUUAUGGAAAAGCGGGCCCUAUCCACAGUCAAGGAGGAAUAA